UGGUUCUCCACGGGUUCUCUUCAAACAACCCUUAAAAAUUGGUGGUUUAGUCAAUUAUAUGGUCCUGUCACCUGUGACCAAUGGCAUUGGAUAUGCCAUGCCUGCUUUUAUUUUACCCCUAUUCGAGAGUGUCUGUGUAUGCUUGUGUUAAUGCACCCACUUUUGACCUCUGGCAAUAACACUGCAGAAAUGUUUUUCUAAUUUCUGUUUCCAGGUAUAUUAUCUUCUGAUUAAGUUUGAAAAAGAUACUGGAUUGAUAUUCUGGUUCCCUCACCCUAUGCCAGGAAAUAUGGAAUAGUCCAUAUUCGAAUGAUAGUUUUCCAGUAUACGCAGAGGAUGUUGAUGCUGGUGGUGAUGCAUCCCCUUCAACUGCAAUGCUGUCUGAACUUUCUCAGAGUCUGCAGAUCACAAUUGUUGGUGGCUCUAUACCAGAACGUUCUGGUGAUAGGUUGUAUAAUACCUGCUGUGUCUUUGGUACUGAUGGAAAGCUUAUGGAAAAACACCGGAAGAUACAUCUUUUCGACAUUGAUAUUCCAGGACAGAUGACCUUUAAAGAAUCACUGACUCUUACAGCAGGGGAGAGUCCAACUAUUGUGGACACAGAUGUAGGUCGUAUCGGUAUAGGCAUAUGCUAUGACAUUCGGUUCCAGGAAUUGGCAAUGGUAUAUGCAGCAAGAGGUCCAAAUUUAACUGCGACAGUCUCUAGACCUAAUGAACUUCCUGACUUUGUUAUAACCUACAAUACACGCUUACUUUUUCUAGCAUUCAUCAAUUGUGGAGAUUACCAUCUUGAAGUUGAAGUGUAUAUUGUGGAAAUGUUGAUGAUUUCUGAAAUAAGUAGAUUGUCAAAUUUCUACAAUUGGCAAUCUGUCUUAAGUUUUCUUAUUUUUGAUGCAAUUGUUCUUCAUUAA